AUGCAGCACCCACAGAUACCUACCAUCAUCUUCCCCGCCAACCCGAUCUUUGGCAACACGCAACAGCUCGAGAGGCCUGGACGUGCGGGCUUGAACACGACACCGCGAGUGCAACAAGGGACAGGAGGAGGGCAGCCGCGACAGCGCGCAUCCGGACCUUCGCGUUUGCCCACGCCGUCCUCGCCCUUCUCUCCCAUCCUCGUCCUUUUCUACCCUCCUCGUACGACCCUACUCGUAUGCCGUCCCGCCAUCCCCACACCUAACCCAACUACCACCUCAAGCUCGACAACAGAAUCCUCACAACUGGGCAGCCCACGAACACGAACAUCAACGUCUCAUCGGUGUAUCAGCAACACCAACACAACACCCACCCACCCAAUGGAGCCCAAUAAUCCUUCUUUGACCAACCCACCCAUCCUGGCCCUUAUCAUAGGGAUCAACAAGUACCCUUACUCAGAUGACUGGCCUGACCUCAGUGGCGCUGUGGGCGACGCCAACGCCUUCGAGGCAUUCCUCAAAGAAAAAUUAAAUGUGUCCCCAUCGAACAUAACAAAUCUGCGUGACGAAGAGGCCUCCCGCGAGGGCAUCUUGGAUGCAUUCCUGGCGCUUAGGGACAAUGCUAAAUACAAAAAGGACGAGGCGGCGAUCACCAUCUUCUAUGCAGGUCAUGGUACAGAGGACGAUCCCCCCAAGGAGUGGGGCGAUUGGACGACGAGCACAGGCAAGAUCGAGAUGCUCUGCCCAAGCGACCUUGGAGCGAGGGCCGUCACCGAGGUCGAUGGAAAACAGGUUGAGACCGUCGUUGAUGCCAUACCGGAUCGCACAAUCUCUGUGCUCUUGAAUCAUAUUUCAGAUUCCAGGGGAAACAACAUAACCUUGAUCAUGGAUUGCUGCAGCUCUGGAGGCAUAAGUCGAAGUCUGGAUCUGUACUCUGAUAUGCCAAUCGAGAACUACGUCGCUCGUCAGAUCAAGAACCCUCCUCCGUUGCGGCCGUCGGGCGACCAAAAUAUUUGGGCUCGGGGGGCGAGAGGCGGCAUCGUUCCAGAUGGAUAUGCAGGCAGAUACUACUCAUCUCAUGUCCUUCUGGCCGCCUGCGGACGCGAAGAGUCCGCUCGCGAGAACCCGAAGACGAACCGUGGUCUUUUUACCUCCAGCCUACUGAAGGUCCUCGAGAGUCAAGACCUGAAUACACUGACGUAUACAUCGCUUAUGCAUAAGUUAAAGAUGCCCAUCUGGCAAACUCCGCAUUGCGAGGGGGUUGGCGUCAAUUGGCGUCUCUUCAACAAGAAUGCAAGUGGUGCUGACCCAUCUUUCAUCCUUACAAAGCGUAACUCGAAGGAUGGCAUUAGUACUAUCACCAUGGAAGCCGGUAUUGCCCAAGGCAUUACCGUUGGAUCUCACUUCGCCGUUCAUGCAAUGAACCUCCUUGAAUCGCCCCUUAAUCCACGCCUUGGAGAAUUAGAAGUCAAGUCUGUAAACCUGUUCUCUUCGGUCAUGGAACCACUUUCGACAGCGCCAAAAUUCAAGGUCCCUUCGUCCUGCUAUUCCAAGCUCACAUAUGCUGCAGAAUUCACCAUGAGCAUCUUCUGCGAGGAUAAAGCCUUGCUUGCCUCAGCUUUCCCCGCAGGUUUCAGCAAAAAAUGGAGUAUCAUUGUCGUCGACGAUGUCCAACAGUGCGACCUCGAAAUCACGGUCAAGGAUGGAAGGGUGCACUUUGACCGGCACCAACAGCUGGUCACUGACCAUCUUCCAACACGCAUCCGUCAUUCAGUCAGUGUUGGAGACAUUGCCACCAUCCGGGAGGUUGUUACAGCCACACGCCAUUUUUAUUACCACCUGACUCGCACCAGUGAUGACAACUUCAAGAAUGUGUGGAUGGAGAUGAAGGUAUUGAAAGAAGAGUUCAACCGCGACUUUGACCAGAUCCUGACACCAAUGGGGAACAAUUUGCUCAUGAAAGAACCGGCGACGAUCGUCGUGGAUGAGUCGGUGCGUCUUGGGAUGACGAUCUUCAACCAGACGGACCUCCCAUUGUACCCUUACCUCUUCUAUUUUGAUCCAACGGAGUUGACGAUCAUUGACUGGUACUUAACCUCCAUAGGCGCAGGCGCAGGCGCUCUGACAACGAAAGUGGAUGUGCCCCUGCCUCCCAAGUCCUCGUUGACCAUCGGAUAUGGCGAACCCGGCAUCACACCCUGGCAGUUCCUCCUUCCAGAAGGUGAGAAGAAGGAUCUGGGAUUUUUCAAACUGUUCCUGUCUACUCGCCCAGCCUAUUUCGACAGCAUCCUCCAGGAGGAGUCGCCUUUCGAGCUGCAGUCGCAGACCGGCAAGAGGGGCGGAAAGCCCUUGGGUCCAGAGUCCUUGAGUCAGGAGAAGUGGGGUGCGCAGUUGGCGACGGUAAUUCAAGUUGACAGGGAGUAG